AUGGCAAGUUCUGGAUUAAGUUCGAUGAUCAUCAUCUUAUUCAUCUGCACAAUAAGCUUGGUUUCUUGCAAAGACAACCUCGUAACAACCCAAGCCGCCUUGUACGUGUUCGGCGAUUCUCUGUUCGAAGCCGGAAACAACAAUUACUUCGAUUCUCUCCCAAGUUUCCGUUCAAACUACUGGCCGUACGGUAAAACAACGUUCAAGUUCCCGACUGGAAGAGUUUCCGAUGGACGGACAAUGGUCGAUUUCAUCGCUGAGAACGCUUGGUUACCGUUGACCCCGCCAAAUCUACAACCUGGUUACAGUAACAGUCAAUUAACCUACGGACUUAACUUCGCCACUACAGCCGCCGGAGUUCUCGCCGCAACGUUUCCCGGAGUGUCGAGAGAUUUGGGAACACAGCUGAACAGCUUCAAGAACGUGACGGAAGUGUUGAGAUCAGAAUUAGGAAAUGCAGAGGCGAGAAGAGUGAUCUCAAAAGCUGUUUAUCUUUUCCACAUCGGAGCUAAUGACUAUCAGUACCCUUUCUUUGCAAACACGUCAACUUUUAGUAUCACUACCAAAGAGAAAUUCGUCGAUUACGUCAUUGGUAACACAACCAACGUCAUCGAGGAAUUGUAUAAAUUCGGAGCAAGAAAAUUCGGAUUCUUGAGCUUGGGGCCGUUCGGUUGCACACCGAGCAUGUCGAUAACAGACCCAACAAAGUUAGGAUCAUGUUUCGAGCCGGUCUCGGAGCUGAUCAAUCUCCACAACCAAGAGUUCCCAAAAGUCUUGAGACGUCUAGAGCGGGAGCUAUCCGGAUUCAAAUACUCUCUCCACGACUUCCACACUUCUCUGCUCCAAAGAAUCAACAGUCCUUCUCGAUACGGUUUCAAGCAAGGCAAGACCGCAUGUUGCGGGAGCGGACCUCUGAGGGGAGUCAACACGUGUGGAUUCCGAUUCGGACCUUCGCAAGGUUACGAGCUAUGCGAAAACGUCGAAGAUCACGUCUUCUUUGAUCCAGCUCACUUGACGGAGAAGGCUCACGGACAGAUCGCCGAGCUGAUUUGGAGCGGACCGCCUAGUGUCACUGCGCCUUACAACCUCAAAACUUUGUUUGGUCUCUAG